CCGAGCGGGGCCCAUGUGGGCGCCGGCGCCGAGGGCUGCAGCGCGGGGUCGCCAUGGCGGAGCUGCAGCAGCUGCGGGUGCAGGAGGCGGUGGACUCCAUGGUGAAGAGUCUGGAGAGGGAGAACAUCAGGAAGAUGCAGGGCCUCAUGUUCCGGUGCAGCGCCAGCUGCUGUGAGGACAGCCAGGCGUCCAUGCAGCAGGUGCACCAGUGCAUUGAACGCUGCCAUGCGCCUCUGGCUCAAGCCCAGGCCCUGGUGACCAGUGAGCUGGAGAAGUUCCAGGACCGCCUGGCCCGGUGCACCAUGCAUUGCAAUGACAAAGCCAAAGAUUCAAUAGAUGCAGGAAGUAAAGAGCUUCAGGUGAAGAGGCAGCUGGAGAGUUGUGUGACCAAGUGUGUGGAUGACCACAUGCACCUCAUCCCAACCAUGACCAAGAAGAUGAAGGAGUCUCUCUUGUCCAUUGGGAAAUAGAAGUCUUUGCAGUUGGCCAUCGGAACUGACAGCGGGAAUCUAUUUAAAAAGAAACAAGACUUUUGGUCUUUUAAGUGACGUUUAUGAAGAAAUUAAGGUUGGCAGCAAAUUUGAGGCUUGUGUCACUUGCCUCUGGACACUGGUUUCUUUACCUUUCAAUCCUAGAAAGUGAAGUGGAAAAAACUGGUGCUAAAAUUUGGGUCAGAGAUGGCACAGGAGAGUUUUUGUUAGCCUAAAUUUCAUGUGCUUGUCCUGGCAGUAGGGAUCUCCCUUGUACUAAGCCAGAGCCCUGCAAAGUACCAGAUUCUUCUUACUACACAGGUACCAACAGGCUGGCAGGUUCCUGUAACCUGCCUGGAAUCUGGUGGUUUGCGCAGAGGUGUUUCUGUUUGUUGCCAACCUCCUGUUUACCAGAAGGAUCACCAAAUCGUAUCCAUAAGCUGUCAAACAAAAUCCACAAGGUCACUAAUCUAGAAGGGGGGAAAAAAAAGGUUUCUGGGUCUUGGUUUUGCUUGUUUUUUUAUAUAGAAGGGCAUGAAAUGGAUUUAAGAUAUGGAGUUGGGAGAGGUAAGAACUUUGAACAGUUCUUGGGGUUAUCUGUUUCUGGCCAUCAAGAUGUGGGUGUGCAUUUCUUGAAAUACACACCCCAUCUUUCAGCUAGGAGAGAGACCCUGCAAAAACAUGACAGGUGAUGUUUCCAUUGGGUAUGGGAAGCAGAUCUUCCCUCUCUGCCAGCUCCCAUGAUGGGCCCCGAGGCUAUCUGCAGCAGAGCGACAGGACAAUCUCACAGUGACACUUUCCUUUUUGAAGGGAAAGGGGUUUUUGACUGCAUCAUUAACCAGCAUCCAGGAAUGAACACUGAAGGAGGAGCUCUUGUCUUCUUAAUUAAGAGAGUUAUUAAGUACUGGCUUUGGAAAAACCUGGUUUUUAUGGAACAGAAUGGGAUGAAAACCUAAACUCAGUAUUGCUUAUUUUGCCCCCAAAAUAACAGAGUCCUAUUCAGACAAUCACUUGGUGACAGGAAGGUCAAAGGAGAAAAAGUAGGCAACUCAAGGGUGGGCUGUGAUCCCUUUAAAACAGAAGAGGGGCAACCCCCCACCCCAUUACCAAAUGCCACCCUUGCCCCAGGACCUUUGCAGCAAGCCGUGUUCCUGCCCCAGCUCUAGCACCUUUUCAUUUUGAUAAAGACCUUACUGUCUUUUUACCAACUUACUACUUGAAAUGAUGAUAUAGCCUGCGUUUGGUGUCUCAAGGCUGUGAUCUAUUUUCCUAGUGGUUCAGUUUUAAAAAAUAAAUAAGGUUUAGUUUUUUCCUCCA